AUGGCACCUGCAACAACUCUGCGCUCUCUUUCUCCACAUGGCAUCCUCAUUCUCUUCACCCAUCUUCUCAUAUUGUUCUCGUCCAACACCAUCGCACAAUCCAUCAGCAACGGGUCCGAGGUCGACCGACAGGCCCUCCUCUCCUUCAAGUCCAGCAUCUCCAGUGAUCCGCGUGGUGUCCUGUCAUCAUGGAGCACCUCGAUCAGCUUCUGCAGCUGGAGAGGUGUCACCUGCGGUAUUACUCUUCCAACUCGUGUGGUCUUGCUAAACUUGAACUCUGCACAGCUCAGUGGUCAGUUAUCUCCUUGGAUAGCUAACCUUACGUCACUAGAACGGCUAGACCUUUCAGAAAAUCGCUUCUCUGGAAGCAUUCCAGAGGAGUUAGGCACUAGUAGAUCUCUUAAAAGUGUCGAUCUCUCAUUAAACCAGCUUGUCGGCCCUAUCCUAGAUUUCCAUAAGAUGUCAACCCUUCAAUUUCUUGAUCUUUCAAGUAACAACCUUUCUGGAAGCAUACCUUCAUCACUGGGAAAUGUUUCUUCUCUCACAGAUAUACGGCUUGACACAAACAGGUUAUCGGGUUCAGUUCCAGAGACUUUGAGCCUUAUUCAGAACCUUAGUAUGCUCAAUUUAAGUAACAACUACCUGUCGGGGCACAUCUCCACCAAACUCUGUAACAUGUCGUCACUCAUUUAUCUUGGACUAGACCAGAAUAACCUUACUGGACGAGUACCAUCUUGCAUUGGAAACACGUUACAGAACCUUGAAUUGCUGUCCAUGUCGGGUAACAAAUUUGAGGGAUUAAUUCCAUCAUCACUAGCAAAUGCGUCGAACCUCCAAUAUAUUGAUCUUGGACACAACUUACUAGAGGGGCGGAUCCCAUCUCUAGGAUCUCUAUGUAACUUAACCUUUCUAAAUUUAGGAAAUAACUUCCUACAAGCUGAAGGAAACAAAUUUUCUGGCCAGAUCCCAUCUACAAUAGGUAAUCUUUCUCGGCUGAACAAGCUUUAUCUACAGAACAAUGAGUUGAGUGGGAACAUCCCAGCAACUUUAGGAAAUUGCAAUCAACUGUAUAUGCUAGAAUUAUCUUUUAACAGCCUUGAAGGACCAAUACCAAGCGAACUCUUCAGUGGCACAACCCUGGUCGGUUUGGAUUUGUCAAACAACUACCUUACAGGAUCAAUACCACUACAAAUUGGUGCAUUGCUUCAACUUCUCCGACUCUAUAUUUCCUUCAACCAAUUGUCUGGUCAAGUUCCACUUACAUUUGGCGAAUGCGUCCAACUAUCUUCUCUCAGAUUGAGAAGUAACAUGCUUAAUGGAAGCAUACCUCGAUCAUUCAGUAACCUGAGGUCCAUCGAGCAGAUCGAUCUUUUCCAGAAUUCCCUUGUUGGAAAAAUUCCGGAGUUCUUUGCAAACAUGGAUUAUUUGCAGCAACUUGAUCUGUCUAUGAACUACUUUGAAGGGCCGAUUCCAACUGGUGGCAUCUUUCAGAAUCAUAGUGUGGUAGCGUUGGAUGGCAAUGAAGAGCUUUGCACAGGUGCAACCACCACCUUAUAUCAAUUCCCAGUUUGCACCACAACGUCAGCUGUUGGGAUCAAGAAGAAUGCACUCUUAUUGGUAAAAGUAAUUCCUCCUGUUGCCAUUGCCCUGAUCUCUUUCAUAUGCUUUGUGGUCACUCUUCUGACGAGAAGUCAAGCAGAAACAACUACAUGCUACAAGGAGACAAUGAAGAAGAUUUCUUAUGGUGACAUCGUCAAAGCUACCAACUGGCUCUCUCCGAUUAACAAGAUCAGCUCAAGUCGCACCGGUUCGAUUUACAUUGGAAGGUUUGAGUUUGACACGGACUUGGUUGCCAUCAAGUUAUUCCAUCUCCAGGAGAAUGGUGCGCGUGACAGCUUCGUUACUGAGUGUGAGGUGCUGCGAAACACCCGCCAUCGCAAUCUUGUCAAAGCUGUCACCGUAUGCUCGACAGUAGACCUAGAGAAAAUGAAUUCAAAGCUAUAG